CUCUCCCUGCCUCCCUCCCUCCCUACGACCCGAAGCUCGCCUCGCCUCGGCUCGCCUCGCCCCCCGCCAGCGCCGGGUCAGGCUGUCAGGCAAGGCAGGCAGGGGCGCCCACCUCAGAGCCACCCAGGGGCUAGUCGAGGCUCGGGGGCGGCUGACCGGCUGGACCCCUUCGCACCCCUGCCCGCGCCAUCCUUCCCGCCGCCUCUGCCGCCUCCCCUCCUCGCCCCCCCCUCCAUCGCAUCUCUCAUUCCUCCCCGUCCCUUUCUUGCUGUGCCCUGCCUCCUUUUUCUCUCAUCCCUGCCACCUUGCACCGUCUCGUAGCCUUACCUCCCUUUCACCAGCAUCCCCUCGCUCCCCUCGUCACCACGGUCUCUUCUGCUCAUUCUCUUCCGUCUAGCCUUUUCCCUAUUCUCGAUUGUUCAGGGAUCUCUUAAACAUAAAACAAGAAUCUUCUCUCUGCCGCUUGCUUCCUUUCGGCUCUUCAGCACUCGUUGCUGUUCCCCCCCUUUCUCCAGAAAGCCUGCCUUUGCUUCUGCAUUCUGUCACUUUGCUACUGGGUGGUUCUUAAUCUCAGCCCCUCGUAACCUAUUGAUUCAAGGACGGGAUCCCUGUUUCCCCUGUAUUUAUUCUUGGUUUGGCUUCUCGAUUUAUUUAUUUUCUAUUUAUACAUGCAUCUUUCAUUCUUUUAAAGAAAAAAAAUAGUUUUCCUUGCCUACGCUUACGCACUUCCUUCAUCUUUCUUAUGCUCUUUCCAUAUUUAUACUUCCUUUUGCUUCCAAAAGUCCACCUUUUUUUGCUCACAUUUAUAAUGUUUUGUCUUCUUUAAAACUUACUGGGUUUUGGCAACAUUUUCCAACUUUUAGUGUUUUUACUUGUCUGUUUAUGCAUCAUGUUUGUAUUUCACUGCUCGCAUCCUUAAAGAAAGCAAGCUCUUCUCUUUUGUCCUGCGUUGUGUUUGACUUUUCUUUCUCGUUCUUUGCUGCUUAACCCCAUUUCUUUUUUUCUUACAUUUAAAUUUAAUUUCUUACACAUUUCCUUUUCCCUCUUCUCCAUGCUUUCCCCCUUUCUUUCAUCAUCAUUCUUCCUUAGCUGUCUUUUUUGUCUUACCUGAUUGCUUCUUUCCCAGGUUCCUUUUUCUUACUGCAUUCUUCUAUUCACACUUCUGACUCUUAUUCUUUCCCACUUAGCACUUUUCCAUUCUCGGGUUUUUUCUUCCCCAUGCUUAAGUUUUUAUUUUGUCUUUUCCGAAAAAGUCUUGCAACUUCGUAUUCCAUGUCCUUGAUAACUUUUAUUGCUUGACUUCUCACUCCCUACACAUCAUUUUUCCAAAAUCUCUUCUCCAAGCUUUGUUUUACUCUACCCUCCCUAUUUAUUUUGGUUAUUGCUCAUUCCACCCAUCCAUUCUUUCCUCACUUUUUUCUGUUUUGCAUCUCACUUAUUAAUUUUUGGACACAUUCAUUUCCCACUUACUUAAUGUUCCCUGAUUUAUUUAUUCACUUUCUCUUCCAAAGCAAGUUGCUCAUAUCCAUCCGAUUUUAGUAGUAAAGGUGGAUGGAUAUAUACACAGACCAGAGUGGAGCGGAAUAGUGUUAGAAGGCCUUGGAAGAUCUUCUUACAUAUUUUGAAGAGAUAGAUGAAAAGGAUGUGGGAAUGGAAGGGGUGGACUUGUCAGUACUCCUAACAUUUUCUAGGGGGGUAACCUCACAUCCUUUUUCCGGUGGGGAGGGGGACUGACUUAAACUUUGAGACUGGCACUGACACGGCAACAGAAGGAUGGCAUUCUAGUACCAGCUACACCAGCCAUCUUGGGGGGGGAGGGGAAUUAUUGCAUGCUCACACAUAGACACACACAGAAGCCUCCAUUUCUUUUUUGACUUGAUGAAGACGUAAAGGCCUGUUCAGCUCCAUGUUUUUGAAGGUGGGCAACCUGCUUGUGAAAGUAUAGCAGACUUCAUUUUUGUGGCCAAAUGACAGAUUGAACCGAUUGCUAGCCAGCGGGCGGGCAUCAUCUUGAAUGUCUCUUUGUAGUGCCACAGCCAGUGCAAAAAUGAUGGCGGCUUACAAUGGCGGUACAUCUGCAGCAGCAGCAGGCCACCACCACCACCACCACCACCUCCCCCACCUCCCUCCUCCUCAUCUCCACCACCACCACCACCCUCAGCACCACUUGCACCCAGGCUCUGCAGCUGCGGUACAUCCCGUGCAGCAGCAUGCUUCUUCGGCCGCGGCGGCUGCUGCUGCAGCAGCAGCAGCUGCGGCCAUGUUGAACCCAGGGCAGCAGCAGCCGUAUUUCCCAUCACCGGCACCAGGUCAGGCCCCUGGACCAGCGGCAGCAGCCCCUGCUCAGGUACAAGCCGCAGCAGCGGCUGCCGUCAAAGCGCACCACCAUCAGCACUCGCACCACCCACAACAACUGGAUAUUGAACCAGACAGGCCUAUUGGAUAUGGAGCCUUUGGUGUGGUCUGGUCAGUAACAGAUCCACGAGAUGGAAAGAGAGUUGCACUCAAAAAGAUGCCCAACGUCUUCCAAAAUCUGGUCUCUUGCAAAAGGGUCUUCCGUGAAUUGAAGAUGUUGUGUUUUUUUAAGCACGACAAUGUACUCUCUGCUCUCGACAUCCUCCAACCACCACACAUUGACUACUUUGAAGAAAUAUAUGUUGUUACAGAACUGAUGCAAAGUGACCUCCAUAAGAUUAUUGUCUCUCCUCAACCACUCAGCUCGGAUCAUGUCAAAGUUUUUCUUUACCAGAUUUUAAGAGGUCUGAAAUACCUACAUUCGGCUGGUAUUUUGCAUCGAGACAUUAAACCAGGGAACCUACUUGUGAAUAGCAACUGUGUUCUUAAGAUCUGUGAUUUUGGCUUGGCCAGAGUCGAAGAAUUAGAUGAAUCUCGUCACAUGACUCAGGAAGUUGUCACUCAGUAUUAUCGAGCACCAGAAAUCCUGAUGGGCAGCCGUCACUACAGCAGUGCUAUCGACGUCUGGUCUGUAGGCUGCAUCUUUGCAGAACUCCUAGGGCGAAGAAUACUGUUUCAGGCACAAAGUCCUAUUCAGCAGUUGGAUUUGAUCACAGAUCUUCUGGGAACACCGUCACUGGAAGCAAUGAGGACGGCUUGUGAAGGCGCCAAGGCACACAUACUCAGGGGUCCUCAUAAACAGCCAUCCCUUCCUGUCCUGUACACGUUAUCCAGCCAAGCUACACACGAAGCUGUUCAUCUCCUUUGUAGGAUGUUGGUCUUUGAUCCAUCCAAAAGAAUAUCUGCUAAGGAUGCCUUAGCUCAUCCAUAUCUCGAUGAAGGGCGUUUGCGAUACCACACCUGCAUGUGUAAAUGUUGCUUUUCCACCUCUACUGGACGGGUUUACACCAGUGAUUUUGAACCCAUCACAAAUCCCAAAUUCGAUGAUACCUUUGAAAAGAACCUCAGUUCCGUCCGGCAGGUGAAAGAAAUAAUUCAUCAGUUCAUUCUGGAACAGCAGAAAGGAAACAGAGUCCCUCUGUGCAUCAACCCACAAUCUGCUGCUUUUAAGAGCUUUAUUAGGUAACUUUCCACAGUUGCUCAGCCGUCUGAGAUGCCUCCAUCCCCACUGGUCUGGGAGUGAACAUGGAAGAUGUCCUGUACUACUGAAGACAUAAUGUAGCUUUCCACUGGAUUCUGGGAUUUGCAAUUCUGGAGGUCUAAUCAUGCUUGUACUGUAAUUUUACUAAUGAAGUUUUAAAUUAACAACCACUAUCCUUGUAUGAUAAACGAAUAAGCGUUAGAAAAAGUGUUAACUAGGCUUUUAAAUCCUGUCAAGGGUGGGGUUGUGCUUUUAGAAGAAAAAUAUUUUAUCCAGAGUUGCACAUGAGUUUUUGGGGUUUUUUAAAAAAUGCAUUGUAGUGCAGCUGUGAUCUUGCUUGGCUCGGAACAAACAUGCGAUGGAACCAAAUCAGUGGGAAAGUUGUUAUUUUCUUGGUGUGGGGGUUUUUGUUUUUCUUUUCUCUCCCCCGCCCCCCCCCCCCGGUAUAAAGCGAGAUUGUGUAAAAGGAUGACAUGUUUUGAUAUUGAGCCAUUUCUGAGGAUUUUGGAUUUUUCUAAAAAAAGAAAAUGUACAAAGUUAGGGAAUACAAAACUCAACUGUGACCAAUUAUGAAGCCCCAUCAGGUAGUGGCGGCCAAACUUCAGUGGGCGAUGUUAGCCUGAUGGUCCCGGCCCCUAUACUUUGCUCCUUGCUAGCACUGUGGUGGUGAUUGUGUCCUGUUCCCCAAUCAGAUGUUGUAAGUAGAGAGAAUGGUUGUGGAUAGGAGAGAUGAGACACGUCCUUUUAACUCCCUCCCCCCAGUAUAAAUAAAUAUAUAUAAAUAUAUAUAUUUAAUCUAUUUUUAUUAGAAGUUUUUCUGCUCUUUUCUUACAUAAACCAUGCCCCUUUCCCUCCAAGCAUGCAUCUGCAUAUGUGUGUAAAUAAUUCCAGUUCUGGGCUAAUAUUUCGAAGAAUCUCAAUACCCAUUGCUGUGUAUAGGCAGAGACUGAGAGAGAGAGAGAGAGAGAGACUGAGAGAGAGACAGCGUGAGCGCACGCGCGGAAGAGAACAUGGCUUGCACAUUUCUAGGUCUGUGAAAUUUUGUGAUUUAUUUUUUUUUUAAACCUGCACUGGACAGUUAGGUGAAAAAGAAAUGAAAAGCAGGGGGGAAAGCACAUAGGGAACUACGUUAAUUGUAUUUGUGUCACUAGGCGACACUGUGGAAGUCUUGAAAUGUCACAGUAGCAAAUACCUUUUAUUACUUUUUGGCUAAUUCCUUUUCUGUGUGCGUUCUGUUCAAACACUGAAUUAUUCUGUGCAUAUUCUGUGUGUGUGUGUGCGUGUGUGUAUGUAUAUAUAUAUAUAUAUAUAGGAACAGAAAUUGAAGCCCUUCUCUACCUCCUGGAGUAUACAGCUUGGCUUGUUUACCUCCACAUGAUUUCUUUUUUUUUUUUUUUUUAAGUUCAGUGUGGAGACUUAAAACUUGAAUGUCCCUUCCAACUUUUAUAUUUAAAAAAAGGCAAGAAAAAUCGAAGACUGUUUUUCACCUGUACAAAGAAAUAACAAAUGGAUGUUCUUAAAUUUUGAACAUUGGUCUGGGUUAUUGAAAAAAGAGAGAGAAAGAAACCUUGGUGUUUGUCAUGGACAAUUAACUGUUAAAGUUAUUGUAAGUUAUCUGUAUUUAGCAGAGUAUUUUCAAGAAGAGUGAUCUGAGCUGGAACUGAAUACUAUUAGUUAAGUUAUGGUUUUGGAAGUUUUAACUUCAAUGAAGUAAUUAUUUUGCUGUGAAAGAGACAAACGUUGAAUUUCUCGAACAAAGAUGAUGAAAUAUCUUUGUUUUUUGUGUGGCUCCUGAGGAAUUUUAAAAGCAAAACCAACUGAAGCAUUUCAAUUCACUUGAAUGAGAAUCGAGUUUUAACUUAAAUGAGCCCAAGAAGACACUGGUAUGAAAGGUAAAAUCUCAGAGGUUGGUCUGUUAAAUGUGGCACACUUGCGGGUCACUUUGUACAAUGUAGAUUUUGAAGUACAGUGGUGGAAGCAUUAAAUGUGACAUUUGAAACAAAAAA